GUGGCCCUGAGGGCGGAGACAACUGGACUUGGAGUCGCCUCGCGGUGACCUGGGCCCGGAGAACCACCGCUUUUUACUUGGACCUUAAACUCCCUCGGCCGCCGCGCUGUUCUUCUCGCCGCUGCAGCCGCCCGGGACCAUGAUGCCCCGCCUGCUGCUGCGCGCCUGGCCCCGGGGACCUCCGGUUGCCCCUUGUCGGACCCUCAGCGCCGGCUCCGGGCCCGGCCCGUACUUACAGCACAGCAUCGUCCCCACCAUGCACUACCAGGACAGCUUGCCCAGGCUUCCUAUCCCCAAACUUGAAGACACCAUUAGGAGAUACCUCAGUGCACAGAGGCCUCUUUUGGAUGAUAACCAGUUCACGAAAACAGAACAAUUAUGUAAGAGUUUUGAAGAUGGGAUCGGAAAAGAGCUGCACGAGAAGCUGGUUGCUCAGGACAAGCAGAAUAAACACACAAGCUACAUUUCAGGUCCGUGGUUUGAUAUGUAUUUAACAGCUCGAGACUCCAUUGUCCUGAACUUUAAUCCAUUUAUGUCAUUCAAUCCUGACCCCAAAUCUGAAUAUAAUGACCAGCUAAUCAGGGCAACCAACAUGACUGUUUCUGCCAUCCGGUUUCUGAAGACACUCCGAGCUGGCCUUCUGGAGCCCGAGGUGUUCCAUCUGAACCCGGCCAAGAGUGACACAAACACGUUUAAGAGACUCAUACGCUUCGUGCCUUCUUCUCUGUCUUGGUACGGGGCUUACUUGGUCAAUGCAUACCCACUGGAUAUGUCCCAGUAUUUCCGGCUUUUCAACUCAACGCGUGUUCCCAAGCUGGGCCGGGAUGAACUCUUUACCAACGACAAGGCCAGACACCUCCUGGUCCUAAGGAAAGGACAUUUCUAUGUCUUCGAUGUUCUGGAUCGGGAUGGAAACAUUGUGAGCCCCUCAGAAAUCCAGGCACAUCUGAAGUAUAUCCUGUCAGACAGCAGCCCCGUGCCUGAGUUUCCUCUGGCGUACCUGACCAGUGAGAACCGAGACGUGUGGGCAGAGCUCAGGCAGAAGCUGAUGCAGAGUGGGAAUGAGGAGACGCUGAGGAAGGUGGACUCCGCUGUGUUCUGCCUCUGUCUGGAUGACUUCCCCAUUAAGGACCUCAUCCAUUUGUCCCACACAAUGCUGCAUGGCGAUGGCACAAACCGCUGGUAUGAUAAAUCCUUUAACCUCAUCGUGGCCAAGGAUGGCACUGCCGCCGUCCACUUUGAGCAUGCGUGGGGCGAUGGAGUUGCGGUGCUCAGGUUUUUCAAUGAAGUGUUUAAAGACAGCACUCAGACCCCCGCCAUCACUCCCCAGAGCCAGCCAGCCACUGCCAACUCUUCCGCCGCCGUGCAGAAACUCAGCUUCAAGCUGAAUGAUGCCUUAAAGGCUGGCAUCGCGGCGGCUAAGGGAAAGUUUGAUGCUACCAUGAAAACCCUCACCAUCGACUGCAUCCAGUUUAACAGAGGUGGCAAGGAGUUCCUAAAGAAGCAGAAGCUGAGCCCUGACGCGGUGGCCCAGCUGGCCUUCCAGAUGGCCUUCCUGAGGCAGUACGGGAAGACGGUGGCCACCUAUGAGUCCUGCAGCACUGCGGCCUUCAAGCAUGGCCGCACUGAGACCAUCCGCCCAGCCUCCCUGUUCACGAAGAAGUGCUCCGAGGCCUUCGUCAGGAAGCCCUCUCAGCACAGUGCUGGCGAGCUUCAGCAGAUGGUGGUCGAGUGCUCCAAGUACCAUGGGCAGCUGACUAAAGAAGCGGCCAUGGGCCAGGGCUUUGAUCGACAUUUGUUUGCCCUGCGGUACCUGGCGGCAGCCAAAGGGAUGGCCCUGCCUGAGCUCUACAUGGACCCUGCGUAUGGGCAGAUAAACCACAACAUCCUGUCCACCAGCACCCUGAGCAGCCCGGCAGUGAACCUUGGCGGCUUUGCCCCCGUGGUGCCUGAUGGCUUUGGCAUCGGGUAUGCUGUUCAUGACAACUGGAUAGGCUGCAAUGUCUCCUCCUACCCGGGGCGCAAUCCCCGGGAGUUCCUCCAGUGUGUCGAGAAGUCUUUAGAAGACAUGUUUGAUGCCUUAGAAGGCAAAUCCAUCAAAACAUAGUUUCUAGAUUUUGUGUUCCAAACCUUUUAUUUUCUAAGUGGAAAGCAGUGGGCCAAGAUAAGCAAACUCUCACAGCCCCUCCCCUGCAAAACCAGAAAAGACUAUGUGUCUACUGCAGUCUCCUGGAUUAGGGAGAAGCAAGAAGCCACUAUUGAGCAAAGGUUUUGACCUUUUCAUUCAAAAAGAAUCAGCCAGACUCCUCUCAAUGCUCAGGGAACAGCAGGCUGGCAGGUAUUAGCACUUGAUACUAAGAGGACUUGGCAGGUGUGUCGAUCUGGCCCCAUCUCCAGGGCACAGAGUGUAGACACCUGGGUCUUGGGCUGGCUCCAAGUGGGUACUAGGUCAUGUGCAGAGUGUCUGCAUUUCUAACUAAAUUACUACUCCCACCGAUCCUGUGUACCAAGCCCUGACCUUGUGUGCAGUGUGCUGUGCACAUUCUCAUUCGGUUCCCGUAGCAACCCAGAGUGUCCUGCUGUGAAACCUGGUGAUUUUGGUGACCAGGAUGCAUCCCAUCCCCUUAUGAACGCUUCUUGAUAACAAGUCUCAGGCCUCAAUUCCAGAGAAGCAGACUCAGCAGAAUAAAGUAGGGUCAGAUAACAUACGUUUUCCCCAUAAUCCAGUGCAUAGCUAUGCCCGACAGCUACUGUAUCCACUAAUGGCUUGACCCUCACUUGACUCCUUGCUCCUGAACAAAGAGCCCAGGUCUGA